AUGAUAUGAACCAUCCAUUCUCAAAGAAUUCAUCAGAAACGCUCGCACCCUCCGCGUCUCAAUCUUCUUCUCCAUCUUCCCUUCCUCCCUUCGUUUCCAUCCACGACAAUUUCACGCCAAAAAUAUCCAAAAAAAUAUAACAAAAAAACGCAGCAGUGUCAUCACACCACGAGGACCACGCCACGACUUUCCGCCACACACACACAAACACCGCCCUCACUUUCUCUCUCUACCCCCACUCUGUUUUUUCCAUGAGGGAUUCGAUCCCUUCCUGAAAGCGCCGUCCUUUCUUUCAAUCUCUCUCAUGGCUUGCGUGAGCGAUGAGAGCUGGGUCGCUCUCCCCAAACUGCUCUCCGACCGCCUCUAUCUCCGGGAAGACGAUCGCCGCGACGACGACGACGACGAGCCUGGGUUUUUCGGGUCCGAGUCCACAGCGUACCGGUUGGAGAAGGUUUUUCCGGUUUAUGCAUUGGGGAUUUCGAAGCCUGCGUCCGACUCCGUUGUUGGACCCGCUUCCGUUUCUGGCGACCCGAUUUGGGAUGCAGUAAGGGAAGAGGCCAAGUUGGAGGCAGAAAAGGAGCCAAUUUUGAGUAGCUUCUUGUAUGCCAGCAUCUUGGCACAUGAUUGUUUAGAGCAGGCGUUGGGGUUUGUUCUCGCCAACAGACUGCAAAACCCGACGCUUUUGGCUACUCAACUGAUGGAUAUAUUCUAUGAUGUGAUGCUGCGUGAUGAAGAUAUUCAGCGAUCCAUUCGGUUAGAUGUGCAGGCAUUUAAAGACCGUGAUCCGGCCUGCUUGUCAUAUUGUUCAGCCCUAUUGUAUCUCAAGGGCUACCAUUCUUUGCAAGUACAUCGAGUAGCUCAUUCGAUGUGGAAUCAAGGACGUAAAGUAUUGGCCUUGGCAUUGCAAAGCCGAAUUAGUGAGGUCUUUGGAGUGGACAUUCACCCAGGUAUGCUCAUUUCUUCUCUGCAACCUGUAGGCAUCAUGAUGUUAAGUUUGUCACGAUACACUGCAAAAAUUGGAGAGGGAAUACUGUUGGAUCAUGGUACUGGUGUGGUUAUUGGCGAAACUGCUGUUGUAGGAAACAGAGUUUCACUGAUGCACGGUGUGACUUUGGGGGGAACUGGGAAGGAAAUUGGUGAUCGUCAUCCAAAAGUAGGUGACGGCGCACUAAUUGGAGCCAGUGCAACUAUACUUGGGAAUAUCAAAAUAGGUCGAGGAGCAAUGGUAGCUGCUGGUUCGCUUGUGCUGAAAGAUGUCCCUCCACACAGCAUGGUGGCAGGAAUACCAGCAAAGGUGAUUGGAUAUGUAGACGAAAUAGAUCCUUCGUUAACAAUGAAGCACGAUGCUACCAAAGAAUUUUUCGAACAUGUAGCUGUGCAGCGUAGAGAUACAAGACCUGCUGGGGGUCAGAGCUCGGGAAGAAUUGAUGGGAGCAUUUGAAAUAUGUAGUUAGGCGUAGAUCUUCGUUCCUAAAUUGCUAGCGUGAAGGCAGUUUGUGGUCUUCGGAGGGGAAGAUGACUUAUUUUAUCAGCUUGAAGUAUACAAUUUCAUUAAGCAUGUUCACCCUUCUGCUACCUAUGCUGAUGCUGAGGUUCUUGUACGAGCGGUUUAAAGUACUGGGGAUUUUAAUCUAAGCUCCUGGUUAACUUCUUUUUUUCUACCAAAACAAACAGCGAGGACCAGCAGCAAGUUUUUUACCGAUGAUCCAGAAAGAAUGAAUCCCCUGAUCGGAUGAGAAGUCGAAGGUAGUUGAGGGUCGAUUAUUUAUGUUAUCGUAGUCAAACUGAACUGCAUUAAUGUUUUGAAUGCAUCAGAAGAAUAGAAACUGAUAGGAGUUCUGAGUCAGUCAUAUUUUUCCCUGUUGGUGGGUGAACAAUGUAAUCUUUCCAUAUGUGACAAUGGCUCAUUAAUUUACCGCAAUCUUCCUGAA